CUCUACUCCGUUUCAUCUCUCUUCUCAUUCCUCUCUAUCAGCUUCGGUCAAUAAAGCCACAUUCGUUCCAGCGUAGAUACCGUUAAAAAGAACUCUUCUUACAUAUCUCAAUCGAUUCGAUCUCAAUACUAGCAUUAUAUAUAUAUAUAUAUAAAUAUAUAUAAAAAAAAUGAAGACCACAGCCACAACAUUGUUUAUGCUGAUGUCGUUAGUAGGCUCAGCCACGGCACACAUGGCCAUGCUCUACCCUACACCUCGUGGUGGCUAUGGUACUAAUGAAUAUAACGGUCAUGUCCAUACUUUUAUUGGUUAUGAAGACGACACAUGGAAGGCGCGUUUCCCAUGUGGAGGCUUUGCUCCCGGACCCGUGACAGAGCUCAAGGCUGGGGAGGUCGUUCCUGUGCGCUUCUUAGCAUCCUCGAUGAAAAAGAAAGAUAUCAAGACCCAACCAAGGCCUACAAACAGCAAACAUCGGUUCAAACAAGCCCGCCAUGGCGGGGGUACUUGCGAGUUUUCACUGUCGUAUAAUGGUGGUCGGACAUUUCAUCUGAUCGGACGAUAUACAAAGUCAUGUCCGGAUGCAUAUUAUGAGUGGCCAGUCAAGAUCCCGAGCAAUGUCCCAUCAUGCAAUAAGAAGAACCAAUGUCUUUUUGUCUGGUCAUGGACAGCGAAUAUUCUUCCUCAGUAUUAUCAGAAUUGCGCGGAUGUGAUCAUCAAAGGCGUAGCUAACGGAAAGUUGCCAUCGAAGGGUAUUGAGAUUGUAGACUUUCCAGGACACAAACAAGGCGUCAAAGCACCUGGAGAUGGAGCAGGCGAGAACAUGGGCAAAGGGCCAAAUAAGCACGAGAUUAAUGCUAAUCUGAAUAAUCCAUGGGAUUAAAGAAGAAGG